CGCGCUCUCCAAUGGCGGCUCCCUCCACCCUUCAAAACCACCUCCCAUUCCCCGCACUCUCCCUCUCGUCCUACUAGGUCAGGCCAGGUCAGAGGGAGACACCGCGCGGGUAUCCUUGUUGGAGCACCGAGGAGGCGAAUCUGCCGAGCGCCGGCGCGCUACCAUGGAGGGGAUGUGGAGGAAGGCCAAGAAAGCGCUGGGCAUCGGCCUGUGCGCGCACCUCCCCGUCGUGUCGGGCGACCGGGAGGACUGCGCCAGCGAGCGGCGCGCGUCCGAUGCCUUCUCCCAGGACUCGUCGGCGCUGGCGCUGGCGGCGGCGCACGCCUCCGCGCCCAACACGCCCGCGCAGGCGGAGGCCGGCGCGCUGCUCCGCAGGUCUAAGUCAGGGGCCAAGUCCUCCAAGAAAACAUGUGCAAUAUGUUUCGAUUCCAUGAAGCCAGGUCACGGCCAAGCUCUCUUCACUGCUGAAUGCUCUCACAUGUUCCAUUUUCACUGCAUCUCCUCCAGUGUAAAACAUGGAAAUUAUGUAUGCCCAGUUUGCCGAGCAAAGUGGAAGGAGAUACCAUUUAAUCGCUCAGUAUCUUCUAUCGGUCCUCGUGGAAGAAGUGGGUUGAAUUUGAACCGAGCUCAAUUACCCCAACAAGAUGGCUACAUGGCUCUUCUCCGACAGGUUCCAAACCGCCAGAGAGAAGCACCUGCCUUGCGUGCUUCUGAGCCAUUAGAGUUCAACGAUGACGAACCAUUGCAGCUGAUGGGGGCUGCUGACAGUUGUGAUGUUAGAUCUAGUAGAACAGUGGAAAUGAAAACAUAUCCAGAGUUCUCGACGGUUCCACAGUCAUCAUCUCAAGAUGAUUUUGCUGUUCUGAUCCAUCUGAAGGCCCCAUGCGCUAACCAAGAGCAGGUCACAAGCAGACUGGUUAAUGCAUCCUCAGUUGGGUAUCCUUCAUCUCGUGCUCCUGUUGAUCUUGUUACGGUGCUUGACGUUAGCGGCAGUAUGGCAGGAACCAAAUUGGCAUUAUUAAAGCGAGCAAUGGGCUUUGUUAUUCAACACCUUGGUCCAUCUGAUCGACUUUCAGUCAUUGCUUUCUCUUCUACUGCCAGAAGGCUGUUCCAUCUCCGGCGGAUGUCCCAUUCUGGCCGACAGCAGGCCUUGCAGGCUGUUAACUCACUUGGUGCUGGUGGUGGCACAAAUAUUGCUGAUGCCCUGAAGAAAGCUGCUAAGGUUAUUGAGGACCGCAGUUAUAAGAACCCAGUGUGCAGUAUUAUUCUGUUGUCAGAUGGUCAAGACACCUAUAAUAUUUCCUCGAAUGUUAGGGGAACACGGCCUGAUUAUAGGUCACUUGUUCCAUCUUCCAUUCUAAAUCACACUGUUGGCAUAGCGCCUGUCCAUGGAUUCGGUUUUGGAGCAGACCAUGAUUCAGAUGCUUUGCACACAAUCGCUGAGGCCUCUGGUGGUACAUUUUCCUUUAUUGAGGAUGAAGGUGUGAUUCAGGAUGCAUUUGCUCAGUGCAUUGGUGGGCUUCUCAGUGUUGUUGUUCAGGAUAUGCGCUUAACGGUGGAAUGUGUGCAUACUGGUGUUAAGAUUCACUCCAUCAAAUCUGGUAGUUACUUGAGUAAGGUGGCUGGAGAUGGGCGAAAUGGUUCAAUUGAUGUUGGACAUCUCUAUGCUGAUGAGGAGAGGGAUUUCUUGCUCUCUGUGAGCUUCCCACAAUCCCGUGAACAACAGAUCACACUUUUGAAGGUUGUCUUUUCCUACAGAGAUCCAGUGACAAAUGAAGGUGUCAAGAUCCAAGGCUACGAGGUGAAGAUCCUGAGGCCAAAAUCACCCACAUCAGAACCUGUUUGCAUGGAGGUUGAUCGUGAGAGGAACCGAGUCCGUGCCGCCGAUUCUAUUGAGGCUGCAAGGGCUGCUGCCGAGAGAGGUGUUCUUUCUGACGCAGUGGCUAUUCUUGAGGAUUGCCGAAGGAUACUGUCAGCGUCCUUUUCAAGCCAGAAUGGGGACCGUUUAUGCAUGGCCCUUGAUGCAGAGCUGAGGGAGAUGCAGGAGAGGAUGGCUAGCCGGCAACGCUACGAGUCCUCUGGGAGGGCAUACCUGCUAUCUGGACUGAGCUCGCAUUCUUGGCAGAGAGCCACGGCGCGCGGUGACUCCACAGACAGCAGUUCACUUGUUUACUCCUAUCAAACACCAUCGAUGGUUCAGAUGCUGCAGCGCUCGCAGAACCAGUUGCCCUCACCUCAGGUCCCAAGGCCUCAGAUCAUCGUACCAACGAGGUCAUUCAUGCAGAAGCCCCAGCCAAGGUAGAAGGCACUGUUAUCUUGUGAAGGAAGCGCAUGGAUGACGGUGAAGAAAUAACAUUGGUCUCAUUUCUUAGUAGGUCAAAAUGUGGUGGUUUAGUAUCCAUCUUUUGUUUUCCUUUGUUUGAGUCAUGGUGGCGGUAUACCGGGGAUGGUGGGGCGGGCUUGGAGGUAUAUAUGUGUUCUGGGUGGUAUACUGGAGAAAGUGAGGAGGGGGUGGGCUUCGGUGGUACAUACAUUGUGGGGGGUAUACUCCUGUGGUGUGAAGGAAUAAGGGUUGGGAAGUGAAGUAGGAGGGGUGCUGGAGAAAUGGUAUAUUGGCUUCAAGGGGGAAGAUGGGUCUAGGUAGGUAGGUAGCUCAGUUCGUCACCAAGUUUCUUUACUGAUGAACUCUUUUUCAAUUGAUAUUUGGUAAUGUAGAUAAGCGGGUCUGGUCUGAGUGGCAUGUAUCAUGGAACCUUGGAAAAUUUUGAU